AAUUGAUUAAAUGUAUAUCCUAGUGAAGUGAAAUUGGCAAGAAUCUAUUUAAAAAUCAUCAAAUUUGUUAUAAAAAAAAAUAUUGAGUAAUCUUAAUUGAAACGUUUCAAGGGCAUUUUCGAUUUGUGGACAAUAUGAAGAUUCCACCAUCAUAACUGGUGGAGAAAGCAACUAUAAUUUUUAAGUGUUAUUGGAAAAAGCAAAGAAAAAAGUGUAGGAAAAAGUUUUUUAAAAAACUUCAAAAUACAUAAAACAUCAUUUUAGUUGUAAUUAAAAACCGCACAUUGGAAAAAUAAAAUGCACGAUAAAGUACGAUUAAUAGACUAAAUUCCAUAAAAUACGCACAAGAGGCUUUCAAGUACAGAGAAAAGUUUUAAUGUCUCUCUAUUACCACUUUUCUUGAUAGAUUAUUAAGAACUUUUUUUUUGUUAAAAUAAAAAAAAUAAAAAAAUUUCGUGCAUAAAAUUUUCCACGACUUUUUGUUUUUCGAAGCAUGAAAAUUAAAUUUAAGAAUGGCUCAAUCGUUAAGAAAGGUCCUUUACAGAAAAAGAUUAAGAAAUCUCAAGUUAUCAGGAUUAUGGACACAGAAAAAGCGAAUCAACAGAGUCAACAAUCACAUCCACCAGUCGAUGUGGUCGAAGUCGAUCCUGAGAAAAUCCAAGAUGAGUUCCUUAACACGGGCAGAAUAGGAAGGCGAAAUGCUCUACCUGAUAUACUCGACAGUCAUUGUGAAACAUCAACAGCUGAUUUACCUUUGAAACUUAGUGCCCUUACGACAAGUGACUCAUCGUCAUCAUCCAAUUGUCCUAAUCAAAAAAAUAGCAGCAGCAACAACAAAUAAUGUGAAAAUGUGGAACAAAAACAAAAAAAACGUAGCUAACUCAUAAGAAGAAAAAAAAAGAAUUAUUAACACACAAAAUAGCGUAGUUAUGAUUAAACAGUAAGCUCUUAUAGUCACGAAAAGGGAAACAGAAACGAAGUGAGAAAAAAAAAACAUUUUUGAGAUGGAACAAUCUACCUAUAUAUUUGCAAACGUAAAGAAUUAUAUACAGCCUCCGCCAAAGUAGUUUUUGUAAUGUUCAUGAUAUGAUCCCAUCAAUCGAAAAAAUAAGGUCACCAAAUUUUAAUGAAAAGUACUAAGUAUUAAUUCAUUAGAACGUCAAGGUAAAAAUGUGUGAUGUAAGAUAAGAGAGAAAUUGUCCAAUUUUCCUGUUUUUUAUAACAGAACAUUUUGCUCAGGGCUUGAAGAUGGUUUGGGUUUACUGUAAAUAACGUAUGAGUUUCCAACGAAACAUUUCUGUGCACGUGUUUAACAAGUGGUGUCAAUGCACUACUUACGUUUUUAUUGAUAUACUAGUCAACAGAGUAUGAGUAUGACGUAGGUUCUCUGUUAAUCAUGUGAUUAAACUUUUUUAAAAAGUUGGAUUUGUUUUCUUGGGAACUUUUAAUCGCAAGUUUACUUUAAAUCUUACGAUUUAUCAGGUG